AUGAAGUUCAGCAUUCUUCCUUCGGUUUUGGCUUUGGCCUCCUCGGUGCUGGCUGCCCCGGGAACGCUGAAGCCGCUUUUGAAGCGCAACCCAAGUGGUUCCUUCAGCCUCGUCGCAUACAGCCUUGACUCUAGCGUCGUUGACAUUUUCUAUUCUGAUGGUAUCGCUUAUGCCGGUGAUUCGUCAAAGUGGACCUACGGAUCUGUCACCACGGAUGUCACCUUCGUGAUCCAGGACACGGAAAUGAUCACCACAGCCACCACUUCGGGUGUGACUCUCGACUCCGAUACCCUGCUCUACAUUCGUCCCACUGAGGAUGAGGUCCUACCCGUGGGUUUCACUGGCAACGGUGUCACCGCGCCCUCUGAUGCCGUGACCACCAAUUUCAUCUUCUAUGGUACAUGGUUGAUGUGGGAGUAUGAUGAUGGCACUUUGUCGGACUCGUUCCGUGCUAAGGAAACCAACGUGACCGGUGUCUACGAGCUCUACUACGAUUACUCGAACCUCUAUCCGUCUGGAUAUAAGACCCCAAUUGUGAAGUCAUCAUCUUGA